AUUAUUAAAAUGUAUUCUUUGUCAUCAUAGACAAAACGUAAGCUGGAAAACGGAAAUUUCCCAGUCUAUAAUAUGUUGGUCGUUCCUUCCUUCUGGCUGUUUGUGCGCUCCAUUAUUUGAUUUACUUAUAUGGGUUGGGUAUUGGUGGUGGAGUGGGAAGAGUGGGAAGGAAGCUGAGGUAUUUUUCCUGAUCGGAAUCGGUUCGGGGAAGUCGGCAAUCUGUGUUCUUCUGCUGUGAGUGAUGUUUUAUUCUUCUUUGUCCCUUCUAGGGUCUGAUUGUUCCAUUUGAGCACUAGACUAAGGGGGACACUGAGAAGAAGAAGAAGAAGAAGAAGUACCUUUUUCUUUUUGGGUUUGGUAGAUGCCACUCUGCAAAUCUUUGUUAUCGUGGAUCGGGCAGCUCUUUUCAUGUAUGGGAAGUUGUGUUGGAUGCUGUACAAAAUCCACUCCAAUUAUUGCUGUUGAUGAACCUUCAAAGGGCUUAAAAAUACAGGGUCGGAGAGUAAACAAGCCUACUCCAUCUGAGGAUUUUUGGAGCACAAGCACAUAUGAGAUGGAUAACAAUGGAAUUCGGUCACAAAUAAGCAUAUCGUCUCUAAGCACAUCUAAUCAAACCCUUGACUCCAACUGUGGCCCAAGCAGUACAAGUGCUACUGAAUUUGUAAAUCAUGGCCUUCUUCGGUGGAAUCAAAUUCGGGAAGAGUUUCUUAAAAACAGUAAAAAAGAAAAGCAAGCACCACAGGUUCGAGAGCCAAGGCUAAGUGGUUCUGAUGCCCUGAAUAAUUGUGAUUUCUCCAGUUGGAAUGCAACCUAUGACAGUUUACUGGGGACAAAUAAGCCUUUCCCUCAGCCGAUCCCCCUUUCAGAAAUGGUUGAUUUCCUUGUAGAUGUGUGGGAAGCUGAAGGUAUGUACGAUUGAUUGGCGAAGCCAGUGAGAGAAUCCAGUUGCUGUCUUGCUAUUAACGGUUGGUAGUUCCCAUUGAGUCCAGAAUGCUUUUCAUAUCUGCAGUUGCAGGCUAUAUUGCACUCCAGUGACUGCUUUGUGGUUGGUAUUCUACAGUCUUGACAACUGGUAUGUGUAUCACUUAUUUUUAAGGAUAGGCUGCUCAGUUCAAUCAUCUUGUCGAAAUUAAAAUAUCUUCAUUUUGUCUGUGAUUGUGACUGAUGUAGUGGAGUGAAACGUCCUCCUUGCAUGCACAGGUUUCUAUCUCUUUGUGUAUGUAACCUAACUGAGCUGCAAUUAGAACCGCAUGCAAAAAUAUUUUCCCAA